AUAAAGGGAAAGCAGGCCGUGCGACGACGCGCGCAUUAUCGCGCGCGCGGUCACGUGGAUCGGGAAACAAAAGGCGGAACGCGACCGUGUUCAUUGAUGACGAGUCCGUCGCGUCGAUGCCGCGCGCGCCGCGCCGGUGGCAUCGCAUUACGUUAGCUCUGAAGUUGGCGCGCUCCGCGCCGUAUAUGUGCGUGCGCGCGCGCGCGAGGAAUCUCGAAUCGUAAUAACACCGUGAAUUGAAAUCGUUCGUUUCGCGAAAUCAGCAGCGGGAUCAUCCGCGGUAUUUUUCCGUCGCAACAAGUGCCUACGAGAGACAAAGGAAGAGACUUGGUCUACUUGGUGAAACCAAGUUUAUACAGAGUAGUUAUAUCGUUCUCGCAAGAAACGUGUGAAGCGGACUGUUGCUGCUGUACGAUCUUGACCGCGGUCAAGCCCCGCGAGAGCGUGACACCGCUACAUCGCGCGGCCAGAUGUUCCCCUGCGCUCGGAAAUCAGGAGGUACAAUCGGAAUCGUCGGCACGCCAGUGGGGUGGAUGCGGAGGAUGCGCGUCACGCAAACAACGGUGAGGCCGAUGGUAGAGGACAACGCGCGGUCGGCAUCGCGCGUUACAAUCGACCACCUUGGUGGCAAUCAUUGAGAACUGGCUUAUCCUGCGGUAGAUUUAGGGGGCUGUAUGGAGGCCGGGGGGCUCCUGCCCCGACAGCCCCCGCAAGGCCCCCCCGGCGUCGCCCCCGGCACUAUCUCCGUGUGCGCGGGCCAGGGCCCGAACGGGCACGCCGGCAACGUCCUCGGCCAAUCCGCGGCCGCGAUUCACGAAUUAAACGCCGGUCAGCUGGGCAUUACCGGUCAACAACAAUUGCACCUGCAGCAGCAGCAGCAGCAACAGCAGCAGCAGCAGCAACAACAGCAACAACAACAACAACAACAACAGCAUCAACAGCAGCAAAUGGGUCAAGCACCCGGUAUGGGUGAGGUACUCACCCCGAAGAGGCAGGCGAUUGUAGACCGUCUGCGACGAAGACUCGAGAAUUAUCGGCGCAGACAGAACGACUGUAUCCCCAGGUUCGAUCAGAGUUUCAACGGAUUGUGCGAACAGAACAUACAGGACACCCUGGUGCUGAAGCAACGCUUCCUCGAGAGCAAGGCCAAGCGGCAAGCCAAGAAGACGGACAAGAAGCAGAACGAUCCGAUCGGUCUCUCCAACGUUCACAUGCAGCCGAAAUUCCUCAAGAGGACGACCGAGGAGUUGGAGCCAGCCGGUGGUACUAGUGGCGAUGGCGGCUUCGGCGAGCCGCCGGUUAAGCUACAAUGCACGCAAGGGCCUCAUCAGCAUCAACAGGGUCCUGGCGGUGGUGGCGGCGGCGGGCCCCAUCACGGCCAUGGUCAGCAUCAACCGGGGAAUGGCGCGAACUCGACGGGUCCAACGCCCGGUGGUGGUGGUGGCAAUGGUGGUGGUGACGGGAACGAAGGUCUCACCAAGUUUCAAGUUCAGAUCGUACAGCAAUUGGAGUUUACAACUUCGGCCGCGAAUAAUUCACAAGCCCAAGCAAUCUCUACGAACGUAACGGUAAAAGCACUGACGAAUGCGUCGGUGAAAAGCGAUCUUUUAAAUGCGUCAUCGUCGCCAAAACCCGGUUCUGACACGUCUGCGUCAGCCGCGUCGAGACCGCAGCCUGGAAACGGCAACGGUCCCGGAGGUCCUGGUGGGCCCGGUGCUGGUGGCGGCGCCGGUGGUGCCGGUGGUAGCGGUGGAAUCGGUUGCGUUGAUAUUGGUAACCUAGUCGAAUGUAAACAGGAACCCGACAAUGAGUUCGUGGAUCUUGAACAAUGUGCCGCGGCGUUAGAGAAAGAUGCCGCAGCGAACGGCACCGGUUUCCCCGGCUUCUCCGAAUUCAUGGGCGAUGACACCGGCGACGAGAUCAUCACGUCGGAUGCAUUCAAGGAUCUCAUCUCCGAAAUAUCGGACUUCCAUCCGGAGUUUAUGAAGGACUUUGACUUUGAAGAUAAGAGCGCGGCAGCGGCCGCGGCCGCAGCUGCUGCCGCCGUCGCUAAUAACAACAACAAUGGCGGUAAUAACAAUAACGGUAUGCCAACGAAUAACGGACAGAUCAAGAUUGAGGACGAUAAGGAUGCGAUUCAUCAGCAGCAGCAACAGCAGCAUGCCAACGGCGCGAACAACGGCGUCAAUAGCAACAACGUCGGCAGUAACAACGGUAACGCGAUGCCAGCUAACUCGAGUCCAGGCACUCUUGGGUCCUCGCAAUAUUCUCCCGCUCGACUUCCUUACUCUGGAUUAGACUUCAAAUCUGAGAUGAGCCCGGCGGCGCAGACGCUCAAGCAGAUGGCCGAGCAGCAUCAGCACAAGAGCCAGCAAUUGGGUCUAGGUGGAUUCAAUCCCACGGCGGCAGCGGCAGCCGCCGCGGCAAGAGGACCAGCGGCGAGAUCCCCUUACGCCGAAUUUCCUCAAUUCGGCGGCGCUUCCGAUUACCUUGGUAGUCCUGGUAGCACCGGCCCGACCGGUGGACAAAACCAGGCCACGGCCGCGGGAACCGGCUCGUAUCACAAGAACAAUGGCACUCCAACCUUCCAGAGUCAGCAGACCAACGAUAUGUUCGUCAGUUCGCAAACUCAAUUUGCUGCAGGCCUCACGGAUAUGAAGAGGCCCCAACCAACUGCGACAGGCGGCAAGCCCGGCAUGCUGGGGCCUAGUGGCGGUUACAAACAACAAUACUCGCCGUAUGGUAGUCCGGGUUCAAUGCCGAAUCACGGUAGCCCGGGUUAUCCGUUACCACCGAGAGGAUCGCAAGGAGGUGGACCUAACCAGACCGGUUCGCAAGGACCUUUUAACACGACCUCCACGCCGCCGAGACCUCCUUCGGGACCCGGUACUUCCACCUUGCAAAUCAAUCAAGCACAGCAGCUGCACAUCGGUAAUCAGAUACAGGUGUCGGCGGGGCAGCAUUUACAGGUCACGAGCGAGCUGAAACCGGUCGUGUCUGUCGCGGCGCAGCAGGGCAUGUACUUCAACCAGCAGCAGACGCAGAAUCAGGCCGGGCCAUCGGCUAAUCAGGCCGACGCCUACUGCUCGGUCUCGCAGUCCCAAACCAUCAAUUUCACUCAGCAGAGCCUAAGGCAGCGGGCGACGGCCGCGGCCGCCGGCGGAAUGCCGCAGCCGGGUGCUGCCGGUCCAGGAACUCGAGGUCAUCCGCAGCAGGUGCCGCCGGGCCAGGUCGAUCAGCACCAGCACGCGAAGCUUCUUCAACAGCAGCAGCAAUUGAUGCGCGCGCAACAGGUGAUGCAGCAGCAGCAGCAUAUGGCAGGUGGAAUGGGAAGCGUAAGGCCACCACCGCCCGAAUACAAGGCCGCAGCCCAGGCACAGAUGAUGCAUGCUAGUAUCGGUAUGGGUCAGCAAGCGAGAUUUGCAAAUACUGGGCCCAUGCGCAGAGUUACGCAACAACCUAUGCCACCGUCGGGUCCGAUGAUGAGGCCGCAAAUGGCGCAACAACAGCAGCAGCAGGCGUUGCACGCAGCCGGCGGUAAUAUGUACAUGGGCGGCGGCGGGAUGGCUGCCAUUGGCAAUAUGCAUCAGAUGCAUCAACGGCUAGGCUACCCGAGAACCAACAAUCAACGGCCGCCCAACGUCAGCGUUGGACCUCCGGACGGUCUUGGAAACAGCAUCGCGGGUCGUGGCGCCCAGCAGGACCAAUGGCGACACGCGGUUUUGAUGCAACAACAGCAGGGCUUUCAAGCGCAAAUGCGCUCGCAAUUCAACCAGCAAAGUCACCAAGGUGCUUUCGGCAUGGGUGGCGCGGGUAACACAAUGCAAAUGACUGCGGCGCAGAUGCAACAUCAACAGUUAAUUCGUUCGCAAAACGGCGGCAUAGCUGGUUCGGGGAUGUCCAACAGCACGCAGAUGCAACAGCUGUUGACGCAACAGCACCAACAACAAACGCUGGCUAUGCAGCAGAAUAACAAUCAGAUGUCGUUGCAGAUGCAAAUGUCACAGACAACGUCUGUAAAUUCAGUCAACGUUACUGGGACCGGUUCUCCUCUGCAUCCACAUCAACAGUAUGGUGCAGGUAGCCCUGGUGUACGUAGUCUACCGCCACCGCAGCAGCACACUCAGCCACCACCACCGGCCACCACUACGGAUCCGUCCGUUACGGCUCCUGACUUUACCCUCGAAUUCUUGGAGAACCUUCCUACAGGAGACACGUCGAACUUUAGCGCCCAAGAACUGCUUAACUCUCUUGACUCUACGGCCGGUUUUAAUCUCGAUAUUCUGUAAUGGAACCGUAUCUACAGUAUGGUCGGUUUAGAUGUCGGUGCUUGGCGAUAUGCCGAUUUUACUACAAUGUCAAGCGAAUGAGAUCGACCCCUUGAAGUGUAUACUUAGCGCAAUGGUACCGACAAAUUUCACUUCGUCCGCGUAUUGAUCUGCUUUCUUCCCAUCGUGUUUUCCCUCAUUGUAUCAAACGAAUCGAUUUUCUCAUCAGUGCAUUUUUGGAAGAGAACAUCGAAUGUCCUUUUUCGAAUUUUCGAUUUUUAAUUACAAAAAAAGCAUUGUCUAUAAACGGAACGUUUGAUUCAAGUCAAUCUUAUUAGAGUUUUAAAAGGUAUGAUGGAAAUAAUAAUAUUAUGAUAGCGAACUGACUUUUUUGAGCUCGAUGUUGAGAAAACGGAUGCAAAUUGAUGAUAUGCAGGUACUUUAUUAUAUUCAAUGACUGACAAUUGCGAAUGACGACAGUUACCCACCGGUGCGACAAAGUCAUAUAACCGGUCGUAGUGCAUUCUCGGUUACCGUUUCCGCGGCUGCCGACUAUUCUUUUAGGCAAUCACAUUUUAGUAAAAUUUAAUUUUGUAAUAACCGAAGGGCGAGGGAGUUUAGCCCUGGAGAUGUGGUAGCGUGGGAUAUCAAGAGGUACGUGGAAAUCGUUCUAUCGUUUUCUCGUUGGGCAACGAUAUCCACUUUUGAGAAAAAACAAAACAAAACCAGGAGGUCGCGGUUCCUAUUUUCUUUUUCAAGUUCGCCCACGCUUGGCUAUAUCGAGAACGAUCGAUAAAUUUCCGAGUGCUCGCGUCGACGACUUCGACAACUGCGAUGACUUCGACGGGCAUUCCGCAAGACGAUUCUCCUUUCUCUUGAUUUUUCACGUUGAAAAUUCACGCAAGUAGAUAGAGAUAUUGAUAUUGAUAAGGAGGCCACGAUUAGAGUUUAUUCGACUGAACCUAUUCGGCCGCAAAAAUUGGUUACCUUGCGCCAACUCGUCGUUGCAAAACGUCCAAGAUUUCUGGACAGACGAGCCUGGCCGGGCGUUAUAAUACUUUAUAAGAAUAAUAAUGUAACAAUGUAACGAUUAUAUUGUAUCAUUAUAUCACAAUAGCGUAAUAAUAUAUCGUUAUAUUAUUACAUUAUUAUGAAAAUAACGUAACGAUAAAUAAAGUAACGUAACGAUUAGAAAGUAGUGUAUUUAAUUAUGCCAUUAAUGGCAUACUUACAAUUAACAGCAAGUCAAUUAUCAAACAUUCAAUUUUAUGAGUUUGUGACGCGCGAUGCAAAAUCGCGCGCUCAUAUGAUCGGUCCGUACAUUGGAAAUUUUUACAGUAAAGAAGGAUUGAAAAAAACUUCUUCCUAAACUGCACAUUGUUAGCACUAAUACAAAAUAAAAUGGUCCUUCAUUGUAAAUAGAUAUUAAAUCUAGAAGAAAUUCGAAGCGUUAAACCCGCACAGUUUAACCAAGUAUGUAAGAGUAAGGAAUUUAAAAUAUAUAUAGAUAAAUAUUAUAAUGAGAUAAUAGUGAUUAACGUCGAUAAUAUGCAGGUGGAAAUGCAUGCAUGAAAGAAAUUAUGCGCGACUGAGAGGGAGCGUGUAGUAAAAGACGUGAAAAUGAAUGUAUCAGCGACAGGGCACAUUUGUUAAUUGGUAAAUAUAUUUAUUAAGUUUUAAUAUCGAAUGUGCUGUGUCGCGCUAUGUCGAAGCCGCACACAAAUAAUCACGGUGAGGUAGAUUCCAUUUUCGACGCGGCGAACUACUUGUAUUUUCUAAAGGGGCAAUCAUUUCUCGGGAAUUUGCGCGGAGUGUAUCGUCGAAAUAUUCACCGUUCUUUUCUUUUUCUUAUUUUAUCAAACGGUAACAUUGAUCUUGUGCUUUAUUUUGAAGAUUUUUAAGAACAUGAAAACGAACAAAUCCUAAAGUUUGUGCUUUGUGUCAUUCGUGUAUGUGAAACUGUUAAUGUAUAAUAAAAUCACUAUGUAGUUCGAUGCUAUACAAGAGAGGGAAAGAAGAAAAGAAAGAAAGAGAGAAAAGGAAUCUGCGAUUAUUCUUCCAAAUAGCGAUACAUUCCAUAGAUAACAAAAAAGGAAUAGCGAUCUGUGGUUCGUUUAAUCAAAAGUACUGUUUAAAAAAAAACAAAUAUUAGAUCAUUUAAAAAA